UUACUAGCGGAAAGAGUUCUAAUCUCUCUCAAUGAGUUACAUUGCUCCUAUUUCAACUAAGCUUCCCUUUGCUCCUACCAAAUUCUACCCCCACCCCUCCCAAAAACUCAAAGAUAGGGAGCUUAGAAUACUUUCUUCAAUUGAUGUCCAAACAAAAACCUUAAUCACCAACAAAUUGCAAGCAACAAACAACAGAACCAAGAAAAACACAUUACCAUUAUCAACAUCCUCGUCUUUGAUUUCCACUCUUUUCGCAAGGUCCCAAAAGCUUCUCCAUAAUGCUAUUAACGUCAUUGAACCACCCUUUCACUCUUCAGUUGAUUCAGGCCAGGUUUUUAGUGAGAACUUUGCUCCAAUAGUGGAGGAGUUAGAACCCACCGAUUGUCAAGUAAUCCAGGGUGAACUUCCGCUCACUCUGAAUGGUGCUUACAUACGAAAUGGUCCGGAUCUCCAAAAUCAACCACACCAUUUUCUCGAUUUUUUUUUUGGGGAUGGGAUGCUUCACUGUUUACAAUUAUCCAAUGGCCGUGCAAGGUAUUGUAGCCGAUUUGUCAAGACCUACAAGCAUAGGCUCGAACGAGAUGCUGGUUACCCCAUCGUUCCAAGCGGAUCAUCUCUUUACAGAAUCGUUGAUAUUGUGCGGUUUCUUAAGGCUAUAGUAACAGGCUAUUUCGAUUUCAUGAAAGGAUUUGGAGUGGCCAAUACUAGCCUUGCCUUCUUUGCAAACAAGCUUGUCGCUUUGUGUGAGUAUGAUUUACCGUAUGUUAUCAAUAUGACAGAAAAUGGUGAUAUCGAGACGUUAGGGCGUUGGGAAGUCAAUGGGAAUCCCAAGUUACUCGCAAGCAUGACUGCACAUCCAAAAGUUGAUUCCGGGACAAAGGAGACAUUUGCUUUCAGGUGGAGUUUAAUUUUUCCUCAUCUCACGUUUUUCCGUUUCGAUAAAAAUGGUGUUAAGCAAAAAGAAAUACCAAUCUUUUCCAUCAAGCAACCAAGCUUUUUCCACGACUUCGCUAUAACCAAGAGGUUUGCAAUUUUUCAUGAGACUCAAUUAGUAUUUGCGCCAAUGAAAGUGAUGAUGGGAAGAGGCACGCUCCUGGAUUACAAACCAAACAAAACCCCAAGAAUCGGAGUCAUACGAAGAUAUGCUCUCAAUGAUUCAGAGAUGAAGUGGUUCGAAAUUCCAGGUUUCAAUACAAUCCAUAUCCUAAAUGCUUACGAAAAUGGAGAUGACGAAAUAGUCCUUGUGGCAUCCAAUAUAGUUUCUUUGGAGAAUAUUUUUGACGAUGCUGUCAACAUCGAAUUGGAGAAGGUAACAAUCAACAUGAAGACUAAAAAAAUUUCCAGGAAUAUUCUUUCCCCAAGAAAUCUUGAAUGCGGAUCCAUAAAUCCUCGCUAUGUUGGAAAGAAGAAUCGUUUCGCCUAUCUAGGAGUGAAUAACCAAGCAGGCAUGAAAAUGUCUGGCGUAGUAAAGAUUGACAUGAAAGUGGGGUGUGAAGUUGGGAGACGAUUUUAUGAACCAGGAUGCUUCGGAGGGGAGCCAUUAUUCGUACCAAGAGAUUCGGAAGAUAUCUUGUCUGAUGAAGAUGAUGGAUAUUUAAUGACUUACGUUCACAAUGAGCAGACUAACGAGUCAAAAUUCUUGGUGAUGGACGCUAAAUCGCCAGAACUCGACAUUGUGGCAAUGGUUAGGUUGCCUAGGAGGGUUCCAUAUGGCUUGCAUGGUCUAUUUUUGAGAAAGGAUCAGAUUCCUUCCUAAUUAUAAUCCCCCAAGGAAUACACGGUAAUCCGUAUAUGAUGACAAAUGAACUUAAUUUCCAUGUAUUUAAGGUGUUUGUUUUUUCUUUUUAGUUCUUCCAAAUUGUUAUAGGUUGUCGCAAGUGUGAAGUGUAGGUGACAAAAUGAAUAAUUUUAAAUGAAUCAUAUGUGGGUUGUUUUGA